AUGGAUAAAUUGGCCACAUGGCACAUAUUACGUGCUUCAGGCAAUAGUACAGAAAAUGCAUUAAUCGAUGGCGAAGUAUCGAGGUAACUGUGACUUUUAUCAGUGAAACUUAAAAGAUCCUUUUUUCCAUAUUAAUUUGAAAAAAUUUAAUUAUUUGUCGUGUAUGUACAGGAUAUCAUCAAUCAAUAUAUAAAGUAUAAAUCGACCUAAUUUAUCGAUAUAGUAAAUAAUGGUAAUCCAUUGAUUACUUGAAAAUAAAAAGCUUGAAAAAUACAUUGUCGAAAUGAAGAUGUGAAAAGAUGUUGAAUUAAGAAAAACACUUUUCAAUAAAUUUUAAAUUUUCGAUUUAAUUAUUUGACUCUUCUGUACAGAUUUCCUAAACCUCUGCAAACGUUCGCAGCUGUGGUUGCAAUAUUAAUUAUGAUCACUGGUCUUGCUGGCAAUUUAUUGACCAUUAUUGCACUGUGCAAAUACCCCAAAGUUCGUAAUGUUGCAGCAGCCUUCAUCAUAAGUCUCUGCGUGGCAGACUUUGUAUUCUGUUUGCUUGUACUACCAUUUGAUUCCAUCAGAUUCAUCGAUGCAAGUUGGGCGAACGUACGAUUUUUAUGCAUUCUUGUGCCUUUCCUGAGGUACGGAAACGUUGGCGUGAGUCUCCUCUCCGUUGCAGCUAUUACUAUCAAUAGAUACAUCAUGAUAGCUCACCACGGUUUGUACAGCAAAGUUUACAAAAAGUAUUGGAUUGCAUUUAUGAUUUUAUUCUGUUGGUUGUUCUCUUAUGGGAUGCAAGUGCCCACCCUCUUAGGUGUUUGGGGUAAAAUCGAUUACGAUCCGAAUUUAGAAACUUGCUCGAUCGUGAAGGAUAGCAGAGGUCACACUUCGAAAACUUUUCUCUUCGUGGUGGCUUUUGUGAUACCCUGCUUGAUAAUCAUUGGAUGUUAUACUAAAAUAUUCUGGGUCGUACACAGAUCUGAGACAAGAAUGCGAAAACACACGACUCCAACGAUAAAAUCGCCACAUACACCUGGCAGAGACACUAGGGAAAUCAAACAGAGGCGUAGCGAAUGGCGAAUCACAAAAAUGGUCCUAGCCAUUUUCCUUAGUUUCGUCGCUUGUUAUCUUCCGAUUACUAUUGUUAAAGUUGCCGAUGUUGAAGUUAGAUAUCCAGCAUUCCACGUUCUGGGCUACCUGCUCCUCUACUUUGCCUCCUGCGUGAACCCGAUUAUUUACGUGAUCAUGAACAAGCAAUACAGGCAAGCGUACGCUGGUGUUAUCGGAUGUUCUCGGAUAAGAGCGAGUCUAUCACCGUAUGGCAGUAGUGCACCCGGUCAUCAACAGCAGGACUACGGCCAAGGUAACUUCGAGCACCGUCGCGUGGUAACCAAGCUCUGACCGAACGCGAGCUAAGCGACUACACUUCGCUCACUUCGUAAGUCAAGGGCACAAAUUCGCUGCUUUCUAAGAUUGCAUUUGGUUACGCGGGCAUGUCCACGUCUCUCAUUUUUGUUGACACUCGUAUUUGCUUACUUAAGUUUCAAAUUCAAUUCAAUAAUAGGAGAAUAAAGUAGCAUUAUAUUAUGUAUGUAGGUAUAAUUAUUGUAUAUUAUUUGUUGUAGUAUAUCAAUUGUUGAAUUUUAAGUUUCUUGUUGUCAUAUUAUAAUUUGAUAUUAAUUGUUAUUGUAUGAAAGAUAGUUUGGAUUUUAAUGAAAUAUCAUUAUUAUAAAUAUUUAAUUGAACUGAAAAUUAUUUUUUAUAAAUAUUUAUGAAUAUAAAUAUGAUUUUAUUCACUUUUAUUACUACAAUAUAUAUGUUAAUUUCUGUUCUAUGAAAGAUAACUUCAAUUUUAAUUAAAUAUUUAUAAUAUAUAAUAAUAAUGUUUAAUUAAAAUUGAAGUUUUAUUUUACACAAGAGGUAUUAAUAUUAAACUAUGACGUAGAAGCAGAAAUAAAUAAAACUAUAUUUAUGUUAUUAUUAAAUAAUAUAAUUCAAAAAUUAUAAAAUACAACUUACAAUUAAAAAUUGUAAUUUCUAUUAGAAUUUCUAAUACAUAGUAUAAUAGAAGAUUUAUUUUUUUUUAAACAGAAGUGAAAAAAUAGCUAUAUUAAAUUUAUAUCAAUAUUCUUAAAUUGCAAAAAUAUCCUUUAUCUUUUUAUUCACUUUCUUAACUUAACUUAAUUUUAACUGUAACUUAAACUUAAACUUAACAUAAAUUUUCUAUGUUAACUAAACGUUGUGUAUUUAUUAACAUUUUUAUCUUGUUAACUUAUUAACAUUUCUAUUAAAUCUUGUUUAUAUUUUUAUUAAAAUCUUAGUAUAACAGUAAAACAGAAAUACUAAGCUAACCACAUUCAUAAAUCAUUCUCUCUGUUUGACUUCCUCCAUUAUCAGCUUUCUGCUUGCUGCUGUACAACACAUGGAUUGUUGAAGCACGCGUUCGAAGGAGAACUAGUAUUAUGAAUUGAUUUAUAUUUGUACUAUCUUUCUUGCAGAUUAUUCAAAGGACUUUAGUAAGACGAUGGUAUCAACAGUUUCCAUCGCCAUGAAUCCAGUAAGAAACUCGCGUUUCGAGGAAUAAUCUUAAUUUUGGGACUGGAUUGCCCCUCAAAGAAGAAAAGUGUAUAAAGAAUAUUAUUAAUUAACUCUCAAAGACAGAAGACAGUAUUCAAAGUAUUUCAUAAUAUCUAUAUAUUAGUUACUCCAAGUGUGA